AUGAAGCAGCAGCAGCAACUGCAACAACAGCAGCAAACUGCUGCUGCUGCGUCUGCUGAUGAUGAUCUUGCCGGCUCUUCUUCCGAAGUGCCGUCAGGACGGCGACUGCUGGCGUUGAGGAGAAAGCAGAAAUUAGAGAUGAAGAGAGAGAUGCGGCUAGCAAAGGCGCAGCAUAUGCCUUUGUGGGUAAGGAAAACAAUAAAGCCUAACAAGGAGACAGCAGCAAAACAGCAGCAGCAAAGAGCAGAAGCAAGAGAAAGACUGUCUCUUGAUGAGGUGUCUGCUGAGAUGGCUGGGGUAUACACCUGGAGAGAAGAAGCUGCAGAUACACCGCAGCUUGAAGAAGAUGCAGCAGCAGCUGCAGAGCAGCAGCAGCUGCCGCUGCAGCAGCCAGCUGCUUCUUCUGCAGCAGCUGCUGCUGCAGAGUACCCAUGUAUACAGCUGGAAGAGGAGACAGUCCCUAUACACCCCACACCGCAGCGUCGCUUCACCUGGCUGCCUUUUAACCCUUCACACGUACCUCCAGAGGAGCACCAGCAGCAGCAGCAGAGGCAGCGGCUGCCUACGUUUGAUGUGUCUCUUCUUCCUGCUGCUGCUGCGAACUCCUCGCUGUCUCCUCAGCCUCAGGGGGGUUAUGCGCAUGUGCAGAUUAUACACUUAGCAGAUAAAGCAGAAGAACAAAAACAAAAUAAAACCCUUGUUCUCGCUCCUCCUUGGAUGAAGGCCUUAGGGGGAUUAACCAUAGGCAAGCGAGUGCAGGAGCAGACACUGCAGAAGCAGCAGCAGCGGCUGCAGCAGCUGCUGCAGCAACAGGAUUUGCUGCGGGAGGUUGAGGGGAUUAGGAGAUUGACAGCAGCAGAGGAGACAGCCGACCAGUCCUCUGCAACAGUGCACAGCCAACUGCGGCGCCGUGAUAAGCACAAACGUAUCUUCCGAGACAUCAGCAGCAACAGCAGCAGCAGCAGCAGCAGCAGAUUCAGAGGGUUGCAGGACAAAAGGAGACAGGGAGACACCCAGGGUGACGAAGACAUCGAAGAAGAAAAGGAGACAGAUACAACAGAUGAUGAAGCAGAAGAUUUGGCGUUCCUGCAGGCACUGCAACUGCAGCAGCAGCAGCAGCAGCAGCAGCGGCAGCAGCAGCAGCAAACCCUCCCGGGCCUCAGGGGCCCAGAGACACUAGGGAGACACAAGGAGGAGCUGCAGCCGCAAGAACCUCCUUCUCUCGCCUCUAUUCAGCAGCAGGCAAGCCCCUUUCUAGAGGCCUCUCAGCGGCUUCGCGCUGCAGCAAGCGGCGACGGGAGAAGAGCCCGCAAGGGCAGAAGGGGGGGGGAAGGGGGGCCCUUAGCUUCAGCGGGCCCCAGGCCUAACCCCUUACAAAGCCACCCCCAGAAGCAGCAGCAGCAGCAGCAGCAGCAACAGCAGCAGCAGCAGCAGCAGCAGGAAGAUGAUGACGUGUGGGAGUUGGGGCUUUACUCUAAAGGCAGCAAACCCCCUUCUGUGUCUCCUGAACCCCCUAGCGCUGCAGUAGCAAAGAAGCCAGCAGCAACAGCAGCAGCAGCGGCAACAGCAGCAGCAGCAAGUGUCUCCUCAGCAACAUAUGCGAAGGGACCCUUCCCCAAUUUGUCUCCUUUGCUGGCAGCUAAGCAGCAGCAAGAAGCCCUAUGGAGCGAGCACCUGGCUCCUAAGCAGCAGCAGCAGCAGCAGCAGCAGCAGCAGCAGCAGCUUGAUAUGGAGUGUCUCCUUGCUGCAGCAAAAGGCCUGAAGGGCCCCCAAAAGAAGUGA